GCGGCUCUGGAGUGAGGUGGAGACAGGACCAGCCCCCGCGUCCGGCUCAGUCCUGCCUGGCUCGGGCCACCGCACGCCUCACGCUCCCGCCACCGCCGCUCCCACGCCCCGGCCUCGUCGCAUGGAGCUGCCCGGCUGCGGGCGCUAGAGCCCCAUGGACUUCGCCAGUGUCAUGAAGCAGGCUGCCACGCCUUGCUCGCCGCCUGUCACCCAUGAGCCGUCGGCGAACGGGGACAGCACCCCCAAGCAUGUAGAUGCCCUGGACUCGACAAAGUCCCCCCGGAGCACCCAGCCACGCCGCAGGGCUUCCAGGAGCCUGAGCACGCCGGACGCCAUGGCGGAGAGCUGCGAGCUGGACCUGCUGUACGUGACAGAGCGCGUCCUGGCCGUGUGCUACCCUCGCGCCGACGACGAGGGCACCUUCCGCGCCAACCUGGCCCGCGUCGCCCACAUGCUGCGCUCCAAGCACGGCCAUAGCUACCUGCUGUUCAACCUGUCGGAGCGGCGCCACGACAUCAGCCAGCUGCAUGCCAAGGUGCUGGACUUCGGCUGGCCUGACCUGCACACGCCGGCGCUGGAGAAGAUCUGCAGCAUCUGCAAGGCCAUGGACACGUGGCUGAGCGCCGACCCGCGCCACGUCGUCGUGCUGCACAACCGGGGCAACCGGGGCCGGCUCGGCGUGGUGGUGGCCGCCUACAUGCACUACAGCAACAUCUCGGCCAGUGCGGACCAGGCCCUGGACAGGUUUGCCAUGAAGAGGUUUUACGAGGACAAGGUGGAGCCGGCGGCCCAGCCCUCCCAGAAGCGGUACAUCGAUUACUUCAGUGGGCUGCUGACCGGUGCCAUCAAGAUGAACAACAAGCCUCUCUUCCUGCACCACGUCAUCAUGCACGGCAUCCCCAACUUCGAGUCCAAAGGCGGUUGCCGCCCCUUCCUCAAGAUCUACCAGGCCAUGCAGCCCGUCUACACCUCCGGCAUCUACAACGUGCAGGGGGACAGCCAGACCAGCAUCUGCAUCACCAUCGAGCCCGGCCUGCUCCUGAAGGGCGACAUCCUGCUGAAAUGCUACCACAAGAAGUUUCGCAGCCCGACGCGGGACGUCAUCUUCCGCGUGCAGUUCCACACCUGCGCCAUCCACGACCUGGCCGUCGUCUUCGGCAAGGACGACCUGGACGAGGCCUUUCGAGACAACCGGUUCCCAGAGUACGGGAAGGUGGAGUUCGUUUUCUCCUACGGCCCGGAGAAGAUCCAAGGCAUGGAGCACCUGGAGAACGGCCCCAGCGUCUCGGUGGACUACAACACCUCGGACCCCCUCAUCCGCUGGGACUCCUACGACAACUUCAACGUCCGGCGUGAGGACAGCACGGAGGAGGUGGGGCACACGCAGGGGCCGCUGGACGGGAGCCUGUACGCCAAGGUGAAGAAGAAGGACUCGCUGCACGGCAGCACCGGGGCGGUGAACGCCGCGCGGGCCCCGCUGCUGGCCGGGCCCAACCACGUGGAGCACACGCUGUCCGUCAGCAGCGACUCGGGCAACUCCACGGCCUCCGCCAAGACCGACCGCACGGAUGAGCCGGCGCCCGCGGGCAACCCGGUGCUGACACCCGAGGAGAAGCAGGAGCUGGAGCGCUUGCUGAGCGGCUUCGGCGUGGACGGCCACGGCGCCAUGCACAACCGCGGCCCUGCUGGGCGCCAUGUGGUGCCUGCCCAGGUGCACGUCAACGGCAGGGCCGUGCCGCUGGUGGCUGAGCGGGAGACCGAUAUCCUGGACGACGACCUGCCCAACCAGGACGGGCACAGCGUGGGCAGCCUGGGCACGCUGUCCUCGCUGGACGGGGCCACCAACGCCAGCGAGACCGGCUACGCCGAAGGCCCGCGGAUGGAGAGCUUGGCCAACGGCCCCAGCGGCUGCAACGGCGUGGACAGGGCCGCGUACGAGGCUGAGCCGAUGCUCAACGGCGGGUACCCCUACAACAACUACAAUGCGGGCAGGGGCGGCUUGAAGCAUGCGGCGGGCCCCCUGCGCCCGUCCGUGUCGGCGCAGGACAGCCUGGCCGACUACCAGCUGCAGGCGGGCUCGCCCCUGCCCGCCUGGCUGCAGCCCCAGGCGCUGGCCGCCGGCGCCGACGUCCGGCUGCCCCCGGCGCCGGCCCGCAGCACCAGCAGCCGCGAGGCCGUGCAGCGAGGGCUCAGCUCCUGGCAGCAGCAAGGCGGCAGCCGGCCGCCCUCUCGCCAGCAAGACGGCUUCCCGGAGAGCCACAGCCCCAGCGCGUCCAGUGCCAGCCCGCAGCCCAGCCCCUCGCGGGCCGCGCCGUCCCCGGGCCACGGCCUCCCCGAGUUCCCGCGCGCGGCCUCGCAGCGGGAGAUCGAGCAGUCCAUCGAGGCCCUCAACAUGCUCAUGCUGGACCUGGACCCGGCCAGCGCCGGCCUGCGCAAGUCCCACAGUGCCCCUGGCGCCCCUCGGGAGGAGCGGCCCAGCCCCGUGGCCUCCUCGCUGUCGGCUCAGCCCGUGGCCGCUCUCCGUGGCCCUCAGGUGACGCAGCCGCGGCCCAGCCACAUCUACGUGCCAGGCCGUGGUGCCGGGGAGCCUGAGCCCGGCUGGCUGGAUUACCGUGAUGCCUACUUGCCGUACGUCUACCAGCCGGCACCGGACGAACGGAGCCACAGCCACGCGCCCGGAAGCCCCCCGGUCUCUUCUGGCUCUGAGGGGUCCCCGCCGCCUGUGGCCACCUCGGCCUCGCAAGCUGAGAGCUACAAGGAGCCGACGAGACCCGCGGAGGAUGAGCCCUUGAACUUGGAAGGGCUGGUCGCGCACAGGGUGGCAGGGGUCCAAGCCCGGGACAAGCCCCCCGACGAUGCUGCAGCCCCGGCCCGGAGGCGAACGACCAGCGAGGGCCAAUACGAGAGCGGGGGCCAGGACGCCAGCCCGGCGCGGAGCCCCACGGCCCGGUCUCCCGUCCACUGCGUCUCGCCGGAGGUGGUCAGCACCAUCGCUGCCAACCCAGGAGGAAGGCCCAGAGAGCCUCACCUCCACAGCUACAAGGAAGCCUUCGAAGAGAUGGAGGGGAUGUCCCCAAGCAGCCCACCCUCCAGCGGCGUGCGCUCCCCGCCCGGCCUGGCCAAGACCCCGCUCUCCGCCCUGGGCCUCAAGCCGCACAACCCGGCGGAGAUCCUGCUCCAGCAGACGGGAGAGCUAGCUGGGGAGACGGUAGUUGACACAGAUGAAGAACCCAGGAGCUACGUGGAGUCGGUGGCGCGGACAGCGGCAACGGGCGGUGGGGGGACACCCCCCAGCCCACCGGCCCCGCAGGGCUACGACGUGGACGCGCCGGUGAGGAACGGGACCUUUGCCGGCGCCUUUGCUGCCCCCAGCCCCCUUUCGACCAGCAGCCCCAUUCACAGCGUGGACGGGGUCUCCGUCCUCAGCUACCCGUCAGAGAGCAGCGUCCAGGGCCCGGCGGCAUCCCUGCAGCCCUCGCCCGACUCCAGCUUCCUCGCGGCCGCCGCGUCGCAGGCCCCGUCGGCUCAGAGCAGCUACCAGAACGUCUCUCCGUCCUCCUUCGCCGCCGACUACCCCGCCGGGCGAGCCGCCACGCCGCCCGAGGCCCAGGCGCGGGCACCGGCCCAGGUGAGCGUGGCGGGCGUCCACGUGGUGCCCGGGAGCCCUCGUGCCCUGCACAGGACCGUGGCCACCAACACGCCUCCCAGCCCCGGCUUCGGGCGGCGAGCCCUCAACUCCGGCAUGGUGGGCGCGCCCGGGAGCCCGGGGCUGGGCCGACACGCCGUGGGCCCCCAGGGCAGCCCCAGCCUGGCCCGGCACCCCGCUGGCAGCCCCGGCUUGGAGCGGCACGUGAUGUAUGGCUACGGGACCCCCGAAGAGCGGUGCCCCACACUGUCCCGGCAGAGCAGCACCUCGGGGCUGCAGGGGCCCUCCACGCCCUCCUUCCCCGUAUCGCCGGCCUACUACCCCGGCCUGAGCAGCCCGCCGUCCUCCAGCCCGGACUCGGGCACCUACCGGCAGGGCAGCCCCACGCCGCAGCCCGCGCUGCCCGAGAAGCGGAGGAUGUCGGCGGGCGACCGUGCCCACAGCCUGCCCAGCUACGCCACGGUCAACGGCAAGACCUCCUCGCCCGUGUCCAGCGGCAUGUCCAGCCCCGGGGGCGGGAGCACCGUGGCCUUCCCCCACACCCUGCCGGACUUCUCCAAGUUGUCCAUGCUAGACAGCAGCCCCGAGACCCGGGCGAACGUCAAGUUUGUGCAGGACACCUCCAAGUACUGGUACAAGCCGGAGAUUUCCAGGGAACAGGCCAUCACACUGCUGAAAGACCGGGAGCCCGGGGCCUUCAUCAUCAGAGACAGCCACUCCUUCCGCGGGGCCUACGGGCUGGCCAUGAAGGUGGCGUCGCCUCCGCCCACCGUGGUGCAGCAGAACAAGAAAGGAGACAUCACUAACGAGCUGGUGCGGCAUUUCCUGAUCGAGACCAGCCCGCGGGGCGUCAAGCUCAAAGGCUGCCCCAACGAGCCCAACUUCGGAUGCCUGUCAGCCCUGGUGUACCAGCACUCCAUCACGCCGCUGGCGCUGCCCUGCAAGCUCGUCAUCCCCGACCGAGGUAGGGACCGGGGACAGAUGAGAGCACAAAGCACAUCGCAGCCAGCUCUGGGAAUGCCCCCCACUCCGCAGAGCCAGUGGCUUGCCCCCGAGAUGGGCGAUGAGACCCCCUGGGGCAAACUCAUGCCUGUCCCCCUUUCCCCGACAGCCUGCAAUGUGCUCUUCGUCAACUCGGUGGAGAUGGAGUCGCUGACGGGCCCCCAGGCCAUCGCCAAGGCCAUCGGCGAGACGCUGGGCGCCGAGCCCGUGCCCUCCGCCACCAUUGUGCACUUCAAGGUCUCCGCACAGGGGAUCACCCUCACGGACAACCAGCGGAAGCUCUUCUUCAGACGACACUACCCCCUCACCACCGUCACCUUCUGCGACUUGGACCCGCAGGAGCGGAAAUGGGCUAAGUCAGAGGGCGGCGGGCCUGCAAAGCUCUUUGGCUUCGUGGCCAGGAAACAAGGCAGCACGACGGACAACGUGUGUCACCUCUUUGCUGAGCUGGACCCUGACCAGCCGGCGGCCGCCAUCGUCAACUUCGUCUCGCGGGUGAUGGUCAGCUCAGGCCAGAAGAGAUGAGCGGGCGCCCACGGGCGCUUCUCGCCCUUGAAUUUUGGAGAAGGACUUGGAGCGGAGCCGAGAAGGAGCGCGAGGAAGUGCAUGGUGGGAGAGGGAAGUGAGUUUGCGGGGAGGGGGAGGAAGGUUGGACACGUGGAAGGAGCAUGAACCGCCACAGCCGAGAACCCAGCAAGCCAUGCCAGCCCCGGCCACGUCACAAGCCACGUGACCAACGCAGGACCAGGGCAGCUUUGGGAUCCGCGGCCCCGAAGCUGGUCCUGGCGACCUGUUUCCCUCCCCACCGCUACCCCGGCUCAGGGCAGAAGGGGGCAUCGAUGCCACCGAAACCAACUCCACGUAGAAGCAUCCGUCCUUCGUAUCCAUGGACCGGUAGGAAGUGGCCCGUGUUUGGGGGCGGCUGAAACCACGUGGCCGCCCUCUGGGCCCUUCGCUCCCCCUCCCCCUGCUGCCUCCGUGCCCUUGCCAUGUGCGUGUGUUGCUAGAUGCACCCUUAGCCGCUGGACGAGCCCCCGGCGCCAGGGCCAGAUAGAGGGGUGGGGGUCCCUGAGCUACCUGCCCCAGUCACGCUCUGAUUUCGGGGGAAUCCCUCUUCACACUAUGGGACCUAGGACACACAGGUGAGCCACUGGGAUUCCACCCGGGAUGCGGGCCACACCAACACUCCCUUGCACACGCGCGGCGGGGAGCAGGGCCGCUCACAACCUGCUCCAAAGACAAGGAACCUGGUCAGAAGCAGCUCCGGGGCUGUAUCCCGGGAGGCUGCCUGCCCCGUGCCCCUGGUUUUGCUCUGCAGGGCGUCCCCGUCACAUGCCGGCACGGGUCCCUGGCCGGGUGGGAUCCUGCCUCUUUCCAGCCUGUCUCCCCUGCUCUCCUGGAUGUUGCAUGGCCCGUCAGCUGCAUGCAAGCAAAUUCCCAUGAGCACCUUGGGCACGCUCUUUUUAGUUUUGGAGGCCACCAGCCCUCGGUCCGGCGCAGAAAGGCCGCGUGUUGCAUAGCACACGCGUGGGCACGUGACGGGGCAGCCACGAGCGUGCAGGUGCUGCAGACACCGGGGUCCCUUCCUCUCCUGUCGUCAGAUCUGAUACUGUAUUUUCCCGCCUACCACACGUCCUGCAAUAAGACCCGGGCCUUGUGUCGGAAAGGCAGGAGGAAGAAAGUGAGGUCCUCCUGAG